AUGAGCAAGUUGACGCACAGAGAUCCGAACAGAGCCGCCUUACUAUCCAGGACACCAUCGUAUAAUAAUCCGCCAUCAAGCUAUGGAAAUAAUAACAAUUCUAGGCCAUCGACGAUCCCGAAUUACGGCCGAUCGUACGGCUCACAUGAACAACAGAUCCCGUUCUCCUCUUCCUCCUCCUCUUCUCAUCUCUCCUCCUCUUUCUCCAAUCACCGAACGGCUGAAGAAUUGGAAUCUCAAAAUGACGACGCUAUCGAAGGUCUCAGUGCUAAAGUCAGACUCCUCAAAGAGAUCACCGUCAGUAUAGGCACAGAAGUAAAAGAAUCAACCAACUUGAUGGCAACUCUAAAUGAUAAGUUUGCAGAAGCUUCGGGAGUGCUAUCAGGGACGUUUAAGAAGAUGGAUCGAAUGGCCAAGAAGCAAUACGGAAGAUGGUGGUACUGGUUCUUGUUCUUGAUCGCAGUCUUUUGGAUCUUCGUCUUCACUUGGCUGUGGAGACGUUAG